AAAUCCCGUAGCUUGUCGACGGCACGGUAGAACUUUUUAAACGUCUUUAUAAUCGGCGGUCAGGCAUAGCACUGAGCUCUGAAUGUUGUUAUUACAAGUUUAUUAAAUCGCGCAAACAUGUUACUGAAAUCACUUCAAGAAUGUCUUCUCAUUAUUUCAAUUUGUUUAUUUUUACUGUUGGCUAUUAUUGCUUCCGUUGCACAGUCAGAUGAGAUAGUAGCGGCAGAAACUUCUAUAGAAAAACUAUAUGAUCAAAAUGGAAUGAAUUCCAUGUUAAAGGUCUCGAUGCCAGUUCUUGCAACUGAGCCAAUGCCACCUAUAUUGAAUCUCUCAAAUUAUCCGGGUGAAGAAUGCAAGCGUGAUUGUAUGCCGAAUCAAAAGCGUGUAUGUUAUUUUCACUUUGUUUUGGAAAAUUACCAAGCAAUGGGAGUUGCUUGCGGCAAGUGUGCUGAAGGCGUGGAAAGCGAUUGCUAUAAACCACAAUGUAUUAUCGGUGAUGGUGUGGAAAAAGGUGUAAUGAGUAUUAAUCGUCAAAUACCUGGCCCAGAUAUUCAAGUUUGCCAUGGUGAUUAUAUCGUGGUCGAUGUAGUGAAUCAUGCUCAUGGCAGCGCCGCAACCAUACACUGGCACGGUCUGCACAUGAAAGACACUCCGUACAUGGACGGCGUGCCAUAUGUCACUCAGUGUCCGAUACCAUUUGCCACCACAUUCCGUUAUGAAUUCUAUGCUACUGAGCCUGGUACACAAUUCUAUCACUCACAUUCCGGCCAUCACAAAGUAAACGGACAAUACGGUGCCUUAAUAGUAAGGCAACCUUUAAAAGAAGAUCCUGAGAAUCUGAUGUACGAUUUCGAUUUACCGGAACAUUAUGUAUUAAUAUCGGAUUGGAUGCAUGUCUAUGGAGAAGAUAUGUUCCCGGGCCGACCAAGCAGGGAGAUACUUCCAAACUCAGUGUUAAUUAAUGGACGAGGCCAAUACAUGGCACCCGAAGGUUCCGAACGCACAACCGUACCUCCCACUAUAUACUAUGUGGAAGCUGGUGAACGAUAUCGUUUCCGCUUAAUUAAUGGUAUUAGUCAUGCCUGUCCUAUUCAAUUCCAGAUUGAAAAACACGAUUUGGUGAUAAUUGCCUCGGACUCAUUUAAUGUACGACCUCGUCUUUUUAAUACAUUGGUCUCUAAUUCGGGUGAACGUUACGACUUUGUACUGACUGCUAAUCAUACCGAAGGCGAUUUUUGGAUACGUGUACGAGCUAUGGGUAUUUGUAAACCGGAACGCAUUGAAUCAUUUGCCCUGUUAAGGUACAAAAAAGGUAACGGCGAAGAGGAUGAACCAGAUGAAAGUGAACGUCCCGAUAUGCCUGACUAUGACCAGGAGUAUCCCAGCGAUUUGACGUUAAAUCAUCCGAAAGCUAGUUGUUUUGAGCAUAAGGACGAUUAUUGCAUAACUGAAUUAACAGCUUUAGAAGAAGAUGAGGAUUUGCGUUAUGGUACACCGGAUCACAAAUUCUUUUUGGCCUUCCAAAAUCACGAAAUGAACAAUGAGGAACUAUUCGAAAAUAAUCAAUAUAAUCAUUUCGCAAAUAUAUUCUCGAAUAUCACAAUUGUUGGAGCCAUUAAUAAACUUAGCCUGGUAUUUCCUGAUAGUCCGCCUCUGACCCAGCCAAGGGAUAUAGAUGAGACGAAAUUAUGCCAAAUAGAUAAAUGGCCGGAACAUUGCCGGUCAAAUAAAGAGCUGUGUCCUUGCGUACAUGUUUUGCCCGUGAAAGAGAACAGUCUUGUCGAAUUGAUAGUGGUGGAUGAAAGCGAAUUUGUAGGCGAUUUGCAUCAUCCUUUCCAUUUACAUGGUUAUCGUUUUAUGGUCAUCGGAUUAUAUCGAAACACCACCGGCUUACCCAUGACUCUAAACAGAGCAAAAAGUUUAGAUCGAAGUGGUAGUCUAAAGCGCCAAACUGGACCGCGACCUCCAUUUAAAGACACCGUCUCUAUACCUAAUCGCGGCUAUGCUGUUAUUCGUUUUCGCGCUACGAAUCCUGGCUUCUGGAUAAUGCAUUGCCAUUACGAAUGGCAUGUAGCCAUCGGUAUGGGAUUGAUAUUACAAGUAGGUCCAACAGCUCGCAUGGUAAAACCACCCGUAGGUUUUCCACGUUGCGGCAACUAUUUGCCGCGUGUGAAAAGACCACAUUUUUAGCUUUAGUCAAAUACAUAAAUAACCAAAGGCAUUUUUAUUCUAUCUUUUCUAAACUAAGUUAAGAAUUUUAA